AUGCAAGCGCUGAUGGUUUGUGAGCCGCUUCCUGCUCUCAAGGAUUUCCUUGAAAGCGAGGAUGCAGCGCUUCAGCGGGAGGGAAGCACGAUCAUUGCCAACAUUGUGGCGUUCGGGGGUCCUCACGUCAACGAGGUAAUCGACACAGGCUGUGCAGCUUUGAUGAUCCAACUUUUGCGGACCACGGCAGAUGAGGAGACUCAGAGAUCCGCGGCCCGAGGGGCGGCAUCCCUGGCAAAGAGAGGGGCAUUGGCGGUCUUGCCACAGCUCGGCGAGGCUGCCACCGUAGACGCCAUCCUCCGAGCACUUCAAACGGGUCUGGAAAGCGGAUCAUUGGGUACAGUGCGUGCAACGGUGGACUUCCUUGAGGAGGUGCAAUGCGGUCUUCAGCACUGUCCCGCAAAGGCGGCUGGAGCUGGCCGUUCACUCUUGGAGGACGUGAGCCGAACCUGCCCCGACAUCGCAGUGGUGAAUAAGGUGAAGCGCAUCCUUCAAACGCUGCAGUCGGAAGAG